AUGGGAGGGGGAGCACCAUCAGAAGCUGUGGGUGAAAAGAAGAAAACUAAACCACUGAAACCGGAAAUACCCAAAGACAGUAAUGAGGUAACCCGGAUUCGUGAUGAGUCUUCACAGCUAAAGGGAAAAGGCUCUUCAUCUUCCAAAAAGAACAAAAAGAAAAAUAUCUGCCAAGCCGUGCCUGCUGCCAAAGAAUCAAGCCUGCUAGACUCAAAACCUGCUGUUAAGAAAGACCAUCCUAAAGUUGUUUCUGAGUCACUGAAAAAGGAACAUGGGAAGAAAGCAAAAAUCCCAGAAAUGAAUUGCUGUGUACCAAACAUUUGUGUUUCUGAUGACAGGCAUCUCCAAGCACAGGCAGUAUCUGAUGGUCACACUACUAAACCAGGUCAUCACAAGUCUACAAUGCUUAACUUUUCUAAGCUGGGGAAGUUUGGAUCUGCACCGGCUGUGAUUAAAUUACUUCAUCCUCGUGUUGCCGGUCCAUCGGUUGUAAAAUGUGUCCCUAAACAUAUAUUAGUAAAAGGAAAGCCUGACUCCCCCAUAACACAGGGUCAUGUGAAGGAAAUAAGGCCAGGCUCUCCUCCAAACCAAUGGCUUGGACAGAUUUCUUCAAUUCCUUUUCCCUGGCCUCAGACAUUGAGCUGCCCACAGUAUCUUAUGUUAAAUAAAAACAAUGAGAUAAGACCAGCGUUUUUCUUACCACCAGAAGCCCCUAGUGGUGUUCCAGGAGGUGCGCUUGCUUACAACGUGCUAUCUUUUCAACAAGCAUCACCUGAUCCUGGUAACCAGGGUCACAAAACAGAUUCUUCGGCACCAGUGCAUGGUCCAUUUCCAUACAUACACCCGCCUGGUACUCAAAGACAUACUCUAAAUCCCGUUCCAGCUGAUAAAUGUCAUCCUCAUAGCAGCCCACUGGCCAACCUUGCUGAUACAGAUAAAGUGCCACAUCCACAGACAAAUAAAUGCCAACCUCAAGGAUGGACAGCAAGCCCCCAACCAAUCCAUGCUGCUACGGAUAAAGGUCAUUCUCAAGGAGGAGAAAAUAGCCCGCUGGCUUGCCAACCUACAUUUUUUUCACCAACAUACAUAGCAGUAGGCAAAAUGGCACAAGUGAAGAAACCGUGGAAAACCAAUGAUGGUGGCGAAGCAUUUUCAGGCACAUUUGUAAAGGGUGUUACUCAUCAGGGCGAGAAGAACUGA